GUACACUGUACAUUUACAAUGUGCAUGCAUAUGAUAUGAAUGCAUGAGCUCUAGUAUAGUACAGUCUGUUGACGUAUUGGCGCGCUUUAUGUGGAAAGUUGGUGGUUAACUGCUCCCCCAAAAUGGAACUUUUAGGGCAGUUAAAUGAGAUUGAAAGAUCUUACGAAGAUUUUGACAAUUUGGAGUGUUCUCCUGUCCAUGUUGAGCUGACCAAGCGAAUGAAGAAGACUCUGUAUUCAGGAAGAGCAGAUUCUGAGGGAAUUUCUCUGCCACUUACUGACAUUGUGGUAGAGUUAUUUGAGAAUGUUGACCAGGGUCAUCUUGGCCAAUUGAGUAAGAGACAUGUGGCAAACUUCACCAGGAGAUCCAAUGCCAGCCAAUGUAGUCUCCUUCUUAGCAUGAUGUAUGCUCAGCGACUGAGAGAAAGUAACCCUGAAUAUGUGACGAGAAUCAAACCUGCUGAACUGUUUCUAGUGUCAAUGAUGAUUGCUACCAAGUUUCUGUAUGAUGAAGGGGAAGAAGAGGAAUUAUACAAUGACCAAUGGGCUGAAGCAGCAAAAAUUGAUGUGAACCGAGUGCAUGAUCUGGAGAGGGACUUCUUGGCUGCUAUUGACUGGAAGCUUCUGGUUGACCCACUGGAAUUCUAUGAGUUUCUGCUUGGAAUAGAGAUGAGGAUUGCACUGAGUGAAGGCAGAAAGAGAGGCUGGUAUACGUACACAGACCUGAGUAUCGUGAUGCAGCACCCAGCCUGGUAUAAAGUUUGCUGCUGUGUGCUGGAACACUUGGUCAAGGUGAUCAGUCUGUGUACGCUCAUCUAUAGCCUGUGCGCCGCUACUACCUUGUGGUCUGCAUUACUUCUCCACCAGACUAGCAUUCCUUCUCAUCCAAUCAACGGAUGCCUACCCUUACCACUUGGGCCCCACUUAGCUAAGUCUACUGAGCCCAACCUUGUCCCCAACCAUCUUCUCUUUGAUUUGUUACACUUGUACCUACACCAAAACCCCAGAAUGACCCAAGUCUUGUCUCCUGACUCCCCUGCCUCACACUGUCAUGUGCCUUGGUAUGAACAAGAACAUCAAGCCUUGUCAAGAAAUGGUCAGCUGGUUUGGUCAUCUGAAGAGGUUGCCCAGGACACUGUUGCUGAGGAGCCGAUGGACAUGUGUCGUCAUUGCUUGGAGCAACAGGGGUGUGAAGACAGUAAGCUACAGCCAUAUUGCAGAAAGUUUCCCUCUCUCAGUUCCUGGUCCCAGGGUUACCAUAGCCUGUCAACCAAGAUAACCAGGUUAAGAGAAGUUCUAGUCCUGUUCUACAGUGCCUUACUAACUGCUUGGUCAGACAUUCCACCUGCUACAGCCUUCUGGUCUGACCGUGACAUACUCAAUCAAAGACUGUCUUCCAGACUCCUUGACCCUCUUGAGAUGUGCAUACAUUGUCGACAGGAACCAACAACCAAUCAGAGCUCUUCCCACAGUGCCUUGGGGCAAGGCCAUGUAGCCUGUUGCCAGAUGGUGGGGAAUAUCAAGCAAGAGGUACCGCAUCAAGUGCGUAAAUGCUCCAAAACAACCUGCAGGGGUAGAGAAAGACUUCUGCCUCCCAUUCCGUCAGAUCAGAAGAUUGGUUUUAGGACCAGCUCUGAAAUUUCAGUCACAAUGUGAGGAUGAACUGUGAGGUAUCUCAAGCCCUGAAAGAAACAAAAUGGAGACGUCUUCCUGUACGAUACUUAAUCAAGUAGUCAGCUUGCUCGUUAUGUGGGAGUAACCACUCAUUGUAUUAACAGUGCAUGCAUAUUUCAAUCGGAGGAUGGUGUGAUUUUUUUCCCAGUAAAUGUGACCUACUAUUCCAACAUCAGGCUGAUGUAGGUAACUUCAUAUCUCUGAAGUAGUGGAAAUUCCUCUGCUCAUGUUCAUGGGAGUUCCAUCAUUGCCUGUGAUUACCCAACCUUUCUGUAGACAGAAUUUAGUCCUUUUAUCACUCUGAAGUGUGUAGAAUGUGGAAGAGAGAAAUUGUCAAACGUUACAAUUUCAUGCUUCAGCUUGGUUUUGGAAAGGUUGGUCAGAAACAAGAUUCUGGGUUGUUUCACUGCAUUCCAUUUUUAUUGGAAACAUUUUGGAAAAAAUGAAGACUUGACAGUUCUAAAUGCUUAGGCCAUCUCCUUUUCACUGGCAGUGUUUUCCUCCACCUGGUGCAGAAAAACAAAACAGUACUUCCUAGCAGUUGCAUAUUGCAUUGAGGAUUUAGAUGAUGUCAUGUGUGGCCUGUCGUGACAAAAUGAGUGUAAAGUAGCACUCCACUUUUUUCCUAUUAUGUCAGUUUAAAGUAAAAAAUUGAAGGGAAGGUAAGUAGAUGGGUUUUGUAAACUUUAGAUAGACUAAACCAUCUAGACUAACUCCAAAUUUCUGGCAAAAUGAUAUAUUUAAAAAUGUCAUUUUUUUCCAAUUUUGACAAUAGCAUAUUUCAUGGCAUAGCAUUUUUUCAUUUUUUGCCUGGUCAAAAAUGUUGGAACAAUGUCAGAAAUGAAGACACAAAGACGCCAGAAUAAUGUCACAUUGUCACCCGUUUACCUUAAGUGUAAUAUGCCAUUGGAAAAGCUCUCUUUCUGUUGAAUUAAAAGACCAAUAUCUUAAUUUUCAAAAAUUCUGACGUCAUGUUGAUAGGUCACAUAUUACAAGAGUAAGAGUAUAUUUCCCUUUAACGUCCAUACAUUUUCUUUUCCAUUGAUGAAUUUAGAGUGUAUACAUUUACUGGUGUCAUAUAAGAUUCACUCGUACAAUGGAAUUUUGGAACAUUCUAAAAUAUUUGUUUACCCUUGUUUCACAUGAGUAACUAAUUUCUGUGGAAAUACAAGUCUUCCAUAAAUGUUGUUGAAGGCAUCAUUGUUCUCAAAAUAGGUUAAUUUUAUGCAAAAUGAGCUAUUGUAAAUCAGUUUUCAAUAAGAAUCAUGACACAUAGGUGUAUUUAUUCACAUUUACUGUUGGAGUUUCUUUAUCUGUUAAUUGCUAUAACACACCAAUAUAUCCCAGUAUAUCUCAUUUCAAUGUAUUUGUAUAUAUUUGUUGUCGUAUAUCCUGACCUGUAGAUUUUAACUACUAAUGGGCAUGGCAUUGCCAUAUAUUUUAGUUUACUCACCGCAAAGGAACAGCGCCAACAUUAAAGUACAUAUUUAACCAAUAAGAGUAAAUUUGGUUAAAUUAGCUCGAAUCCUGACCUCAGUGUUAAUACAAAGCUGGAAAUAAUAAUGCUGGCAAGUUGUAUUGUUUACUUUAGUUUCUAACCAAGAACAUUUCUUCAGUGUUUUGUUGGUUAGCAUCUCACACCAGGCAUUGCUAGUUUGCCAUGUCUGCCUACUGUACACAUGGAAAGUGCAACAGUUGCAACAAAUACCAGUUGUCAGCAUGUGAUGGCCUUAUUUGUACACAUUGAAAACACUAUUGCAUAAUUUACAAUUAUGUGGGAGAAUUUGUACUUCUCAAUUCCAAACAAGAUUGGUGCGUAACUUUUCAUGGGUAAGGUUGAAAACUUCUCAAAUGAUUUGUUUGGGUUGAAUGAUUCAAUGCAUGUUACAUUAAUGGAAUCAUUGUGUACAGUGUAAUUGCAUAAUUUUAUGAAUGUAUUGCUUUUUUUCUACACAGACUUAUAGACAGUGGUUCUACAGUAGUUUUCAAACUUGUGUUAAAGGAAGUACAAGGUUAAGAUUUCUAUGAAGUCUUGUGUUUCUUGGCGUGCAAUACGUAUGCUGAAUUAAGUAUUCUUUUGGAAGUGCAGUUCCAAUUUUGAAAGUCAGGUCUGGGUUAUAUAAACAGGUUUUAGCUUUCUUAGCCCUUUGAUAGACCUCAGUAAUGAUGAUGUCAUCAUUUAUAUGUGUGUGGAAUCAUUUGGUACUAAAUGAACUGUGGGUCCCACUGGCUCUCUUCGGUUUGUAAGUGACUUGGUCAUACACAUGCACGCACCAGUGAUUGCAAGCUUCCAUUGGAUUAACACUGAAGUUACACACGUUAACUUCCUGUUCCGUUGUUCCACAUAGCUCCAUAUGCAGUGGGUGUGGUUUAAAGUGGUGACGUCACACUUACAAACUAGAUAGGAAAGUGUACAUAUACACGGAGUCUGAUGUAGAUAAGUAGUCAUAAUUGCAGUGCCAUGUAACUUUUGAUGUGCAGUAUUAUUUCAGUCCAUUGCUCUCUUUGAGUGUUCAUCUCAAAUUUCGUAGCCCAUUUUCCACCAAAGAUAAAAUUUCUCUCUGGUGUUUCUGGUUUUGUGUGUCAAUUGUGAAGCUCCAUUUAGUUCCUUCAUUUUCUAAGGAAGGCCAUAUUUAUUUUAUGUCAUUACUGAAAUUUGCCAUAUCCUGUAUUAUUUUCAUACAGCAGUUUUUGUCUUGCUUUCUUUCAGGAAAUACAAAACGUUUCCAAUGUGUUAAGUACGGUUUUCCGUCUAGGCUUAAUUUUUUCAAAGUACAUGUACUUGUGUACUUAUAAGAGCUUUUAGUACUGCAGUGCUGUGUUGUUUUCAUGUUUCAGUCAAUAAAGAUGUAAUGGGAUUGUUGGAAAAAUAACAUUUUAUU